CAGGGCCCUUCGCGUCCUGGUGCGCAGGCGCCGGGGGAGCUGCCCACCGAAGUAGCAAUGGACGCGCUCGAGUCGUUGUUGGACGAGGUGGCCCUCGAGGGGCUUGAUGGCCUGUGUCUGCCUGCGCUGUGGAGCCGUCUGGAGACGCGAGUGCCGCCCUUCCCCCUGCCUUUGGAGCCCUACACGCAGGAGUUCCUGUGGCGGGCCCUUGCCACGCACCCGGGCAUCAGCUUUUAUGAAGAGCCUCGGGAGCGACCCGACCUCCAGCUCCAGGACCGAUAUGAAGAGAUUGACUUGGAAACCGGGAUUCUGGAGUCCCGGAGGGAUCCCGUCCCUCUGGAGGAUGUCUACCCCAUUCACAUGAUCUUGGAGAACAAGGAUGGCAUCCAGGGGUCCUGCCGGUACUUUAAGGAGAGGAAGAACAUCACCAACGACAUCCGGACCAAGUCUUUACAGCCCCGCUGUAUGAUGGUGGAGGCCUUCGGCAGGUGGGGAAAGAGACUGAUCAUCGUCGCCUCCCAGGACAUGCGGUACCGGGCCUUGAUCGGCUUGGAGGGUGACCCCGACCUAAAGCUCCCUGACUUCUCCUACUGCAUUUUGGAGCGCUUGGGCCGGUCUCGGUGGCAAGGGGAGCUCCAGCGCGACCUCCACAGCACGGCUUUCAAGGUCGAUGCUGGGAAGCUCCACUAUCACCGGAAAAUUCUGAACAAAAAUGGGCUCAUCACGAUGCAGUCCCACGUGAUCCGAUUGCCCACCGGAGCCCAGCAGCACUCGAUUCUCCUCCUCCUGAACCGGUUUCACGUGGACAGGAGGAGCAAGUACGACAUCCUCAUGGAGAAGCUCUCGGGAAUGCUGAGCACGCGGAGCAACCAGAUGGAGACCCUGGGCCGGCUGAGGGAGGAGCUGGGGCUGUGUGAGCGGACCUUCAAGCGGCUGUACCAGUACAUGCUGAACGCUGGCCUCGCCAAGGUGGUGUCUCUCCCCCUACAAGAGAUUCACCCUGAGUGUGGACCUUGUAAGACAAAGAAAGGGACGGACGUCAUGGUGCGCUGCCUCAGGCUGCUGAAGGAGUUCAAGCGGAAGAUGGAGGACGACCACGACCAGGACGACGACGAGGACGAGGAGGUCAUCUCCAAGGGGGUGCCCCCGGUGGACAUCGUGUACGAGCGGGACAUGCUCACGCAGACCUACGAGCUCAUUGAGCGCAGAGGCACGAAAGGAAUUUCCCAGGCUGAGAUCCGAGCGGCUAUGAACGUGGGAAAGCUGGAGGCCAGAAUGCUGUGUCGUCUUCUUCAGCGAUUCAAGGUUGUCAAGGGUUUCAUGGAAGACGAGGGGCGGCAGCGGACCACCAAGUACAUCUCCUGCGUGUUUGCAGAGGAGAGCGAUCUUAGCCGGCAGUACAAGAGAGAGAAGGCCCGGAGCAAGCUGCUGACCACCGUGAGCUUGGCCGCGGUGCAGGAUGAGUCCCUCCUGCCUGAGGUGGAGGACAGCUUCCUCUCCGACUCGGACAGCGAAGAGGAGCGCGGCGGCGGCAACAAGAGGAGAGGCAGAGGUGGCUGGAAAGUAAGCCUCCCCCCACUGAAGAAGCAGCGGGCCCCCUCCCUGGCGGCCGAGGAGAAGGCCCGCCUGAGCUCUGCAGGCGGGGACGGCGGCCUGGAUCCCGGCGCGCCUUUCGGCUCCCACCGGAUGGAGAGUAGCAGCGGUGACAUCACCAUGAUCGAAGAGGUCAGGCUUGACAACCCGAAGGAGAGCGGCAGUUCCCAGAAGACUGGGAAGCACGGCCCGGGCCCAGACAAGCCCCACGAGACGUACCGGCUGCUCAAGCGCAGGAAUCUGAUCAUAGAGGCCGUCACCAACCUGCGCCUAAUCGAGAGCUUGUUCACGAUUCAGAAAAUGAUCAUGGAUCAGGAGAAGCAAGAAGGCGUGUCUACUAAGUGCUGUAAGAAGUCCAUCGUCCGCUUGGUGCGGAACCUGUCCGAGGAAGGCCUCUUGCGGCUGUACCGGACUACGGUUGUUCAGGAUGGCAUCAAGAAGAAGGUGGACCUGGUCGUGCACCCGUCCAUGGACCAGAACGACCCACUUGUGCGGAGCGCCAUCGAGCAAGUGCGCUUCCGGAUCUCCAACUCCAGCAUGGCGAACAGGGUCAAAGUGGUCCAGCCUCCAGCACCUCAACCAGAGGCCAAAGAAGAAAGUCCAGAAAAAGAGGGUCCGAGCGGGUCAGGGGACUCUCAGCUGAAUACACCCUCCAAAUCAGAAACUGGACGGCUGAAAAAAACGGAUGAGAAGAUGGGCAUCACCCAGCUGAAAAAUUAUCACCCUGUUGUAGUUCCAGGACUCGGCCGUUCGCUAGGGUUCCUACCCAAAAUGCCUCGCCUGCGGGUGGUGCACAUGUUCCUGUGGUACCUCAUCUACGGGCACCCUGCCAGCCAGGUGCGGGCGAGGCCCGGCCUUGGCGGGGAGAGAAGACCGGGCAGGCAGGAGUCCAGCAGGGCCCGACCCUUCCCCAGGACCCACGUGGAGGCCGCCCCCGAUGGCCCACCCAAGGACAGCCUAGGCAGAACCUUCCUGGAGACUGAAGUGGAGCCCCCCACGGAGAAGGUGUACGUGGACGAGGCCUCAUGGAUGCGCUAUGUCCCUCCCAUCCCAGUCCAUAAGGACUUUGGCUUCGGCUGGGCUCUUGUCAGUGACAUCCUUCUCUGCCUGCCCCUUUCCAUCUUCAUCCAGAUUGUGCAAGUCAGUUACAAGGUAGAAAGCCUUGAGGAGUUUCUGAACGACCCCCUGAGGAAGCACACGCUGAUCCGCUUCCUGCCCAGGCCCAUCCGACAGCAGCUCCUGUACAAGAGGCGUUACAUUUUCUCCGUCGUGGAGAACCUUCAGAGGCUGUGCCACAUGGGGCUGCUGCAGUUUGGCCCCACAGAAAAGUUUCAGGACAAGGAUCAGGUCUUCAUCUACUUGAAGAAGAACGCGGUCAUCGUUGACACCACCAUCUGUGACCCGCAUUAUAACCUGGCCCGCAGCAGCCGGCCCUUCGAAAGGCGUCUUUAUGUCCUGAAGUCCAUGCAGGACGUGGAGAACUACUGGUUUGACCUGCAGUGCGUCUGCCUCAACACCCCUCUCGGUGUGGUGCGCUACCCACGCGUCAGGAAGAACAGCGCCCAGGACGAGGGCACCGACGAGGAGGGCAAUCUGCAGAAGGAGCAGGAGAGCGCUGUCGACAAGCACAACCUGGAGCGCAAGUGUGCCCUGAUGGAGUACAGCACAGGGAGCCGUGAGGUCGUGGAUGAAGGCUCAAUCCCCGGGGACGGCCUGGGAGCCGCCGGGCUCGACUCCAGUUUCUACGGGCACCUAAAGCGUAACUGGAUCUGGACCAGCUACAUCAUCAACAAGGCCAAGAAGGAGAACACUGCUUCUGAGAACGGGCUCAUGGUGAGACUCCAGACGUUUCUGUCCAGGCGCCCGUUGCCACUCAGUGCUGGAGGCGGUGGCAGGUUGAGUAUCUGGGGCGGGGAAGCCAGAGCAGGAUCUCAGCUCUGCGCCGACAGGGAAGAGCAGUUCGAGAUGGACCGAGAGCCCACGCUGGACCGGAACUGGAGAGUGAGGGGUGGGAAAAGCCAGAAGCGGAAACGGCUGAAGAAAGACCCAGGGAAGAAGAUCAAAAAAAAGAAAAAAGAAGAGUCCCCCAAAGAGAAAAACCGGAGGCUGCGUUACCACGACGAGGCUGACCAGAGCGCGCUGCAGAGGAUGACCCGGCUGCGUGUCACCUGGUCCAUGCAGGAGGACGGGCUGCUCAUGCUCUGCCGCAUCGCCAGCAAUGUCCUCAAUGCCAAGGUGAAGGGCCCAUUUGUCCCCUGGCAAGUCGUGCGGGACAUAUUGCACUCAACCUUCGAAGAGUCUCUGGACAAAACCUCCCACUCGGUCGGACGAAGAGCUCGCUACAUAGUCAGAAACCCCCAGGCCUACCUGAACUAUAAGGUGUGCCUGGCCGAGGUGUACCAGGAUAAAGCACUUGUCGGGGAUUUCAUGAAUCGAAAGGGUGACUACGAGGACCCAAAGGUUUGUGCCAACGAGUACAAAGAAUUUGUGGAGAAGCUCAAAGAGAAGUUCAGUUCAGCCCUCAAGAAUCCUAAUCUUGAAAUCCCAGACACGCUCCAGGAGCUGUUUGCCAGAUACCGGGUUUUGGCGAUUGGAGAUGAAAAGGAUCCGACCAGGAAAGAGGAUGAACUCAAUAGCGUGGAUGACAUCCACUUCCUGGUGCUGCAGAACCUGGUCCAGAGCACGCUGGCCCUCUCGGACAGCCAGAUGGAGUCCUGCCGCUCCUUCCAGACCUUCCGCCUGUACCGGGGCUAUAAGGACCACAUCCUCGUGAAGGCCUUCAUGGAGUGCCAGAAGCGGAGCCUGGUCAACCGGCGCCGCGUCAACCACAUGCUCGGCCCGAAGAAAAACCGGGCUCUGCCCUUCGUGCCCAUGUCCUACCAGUUGUCCCAGACCUACUACAGGAUCUUUACCUGGCGGUUUCCAAGCACCGUCUGCACGGAGUCGUUCCAGUUCUUCAAGAAACUCCUGGCUGCCGGCAAGCUGGACCAGCCUGAUAACUUCUCCUUCAAAGACCAGGAUAAUCACGAGCCUGUGCGGGACAUGGUGGCAUUUUCUCUGGACGGCCCCGGGGGACACUGCGUGGCCGUCCUGACCCUCUUCUCCCUGGGCCUCCUUUCCGUGGACGUCCGGAUCCCGGAGCAGAUCGUGGUGGUGGACAGCUCCAUGGUGGAGAACGAGGUCAUUAAGAGCCUGGGGAAGGACGGGGGCUUGGAUGAGGAUGACGACGAGGAGGAGGACCUGGACGAGGGCGCUGGGGGCAAGCACCGGGCCAUCGAGGUGAAAGCCCGCCAGGCCUCCCACACCAACUACCUGCUGAUGCGGGGCUACUGCGCGCCCGGCAUCGUCAGCACCCGCAACCUGAGCCCCAACGACAGCAUCGUGGUGAACUCCUGCCUGGUGAAGUUCCGGCUCCGCCGCACGCCCGCGCCCGCCCGGCUCUGGCCUGUCGCCACGUCCCUGGAAGAGCUCCCGGUGGGCAUCUCCUGCCUCCCUGACACGUUCACCAGGCUCCUACAUAGCCAGGAGGGCCCCUGCAGCCUGGAAGAGUUUGUCCACCAGGUGGAGCUGUCCGGCUACGAACCCGGCGACGUGUGCGCGGCGCUGGAGGUCCAGGGCGCCAUCGCGGCCACGGGCUGCUUCGGAGUGGACAGAGUGGAGCUGAGCACGUGGUUCUCCGCCUUCGAGAGGACAGACAGCGAGCGCACCAGGACCUUUGCAGACUACAUCCAGGACCUCCUGGAGCACCACCAGGUGGUGGAGGUCGGCGGCAACACGGUUCGCCUGGUGGCCAUGGCCUCCGCCCAGCCCUGGCUCCUGCACUCGGUGCAGCUAAGGGGCAAAAAGGAGGAUGUGGACGCUCAGAGAUCAGGCCCCCGGGGCGCCAAGAGGCGUGCCAGCUGGACAAGCGGCACCACACCCCAUGCGGGUGGGGAUACUGACCUGGAGAGUCCCCAGAAGCCCCCCGCUAAGAGGCCUACGCUCCAGGAUGUGCGCUUGGCACUGGGCCCCGAGCCCAGAGCAGCCGAGCAGCCAGAGGCCCCAGUAGCAGCUCCCGGGGCCGUGGGCGUGAAGGAGCUCAGCCCGGGGGCGCCGGACGCCAGCCAGGAGCUCCGAGAUGACCUCGGGGUCCCCAGCCCUCUCAGCCAGGAGCCACCAAGCUGUCGGGCCCAGCUGCCACAGGGAUCAGAGGACCCCAGAGGUGGAGCAGAGAGUUCUGUGGCCGCCAACCUGUCCCAAGUAGCAUGGGAAAAGGACUGCGAGGGCAUUUCGUUCGUGGCCCGCCCGUGGCGCAUCGUGGACGGCCACCUGAACGUGCCAGUGUGCAAGGGCAUGAUGGAGGCCGUGCUGUACCACAUCAUGACCCGGCCCGGCAUCCCCGAGAGCCACCUGCUGCAGCACUACCAGGGCGUGCUGCAGCCUGUCGCCGUGCUCGAGCUGCUCCAGGGCCUGGAGUCCCUGGGCUGCAUUAAGAAGUGCUUGCUGAGGAAGCCCGCGGCCGUCUCUCUCUUCUCCAAGCCCCGGGUGCCGGAGGCCCAGGCGCCCCCCAGCCUGAGCGGGAGCCCCACGGUGUUCUACGAGCCCACGCUGGACUGCACCCUGCGACUGGGCCGCGUGUUCCCCCCCGAGGUCAACUGGAACAAGUGGAUCCACUUGUGAGGUGGGGGUCACCGCGGCCGAGUGCCCCUGGGCGGCAGGGCCCCAGCGGGGACUUCUCACUCCAGGCGGGACACCUGACUGAGCCCCUGGAGAGGAGCCUGUGCGUCCCUCUUCAGCCUGGCCAGCUGCCCGCAGGCUCCUUCCUGCCGCUGCAGCCCAGGAGCCACGGAGGCCUGGGAUCUGUGUGCUCUUUUCACCCCUUUUCUCUUACAAACAAAAAAAACACAUCUCUGGGCAUGUAUUUAUUUUGUGUUUUUUUAAUUAAAGUGAAGUAAAAUGCA